UCGAAAUAAAUAAAACCAAAUCUCACGUAUUUAUUGCAUUUUAUUUACGAGUUGUUUGUGUUAGUUGUUACGUAUUGAGCCACUCCACUUAUGACAUUCACUCCUAUACUCCUGUCGGUAACGGUUGUGUACAUAUCCGUUAAUUAACUUCGUUAACGAAUAAUAUAAUUAGUCACGAAGAACCAUCGCCAAGCAUUUAUAUUUUAUUCGGAUCAAGCAUGAUGUUUCGUGGUUAUACUAAUGUUGGUGAAGGGUCUUGGAGAUCUUCAGGUUUGCCUGCCAAACUGUUGAUGCCGAUGAUGAUGAUGAUACUGAUGUUGUCUCCUUACACUUCAGCCAUUGUACAAAUUGCCAGCUUCUCACCCGCUGAUGGUUUCACUAUUGGAGUACCAAAUAUGAUGAACAUUGUAUGUUCAUAUACAACGACGAAUCUAACUUCGUUCAGCCUCGUACAAAACAACAAUUCCGUCGUAGAGAUGCAAUACAACCAAAACUCUGGGUUCUUUCAAACUAUAAGGAAUGAGAAAGCUUUCGUCUGUACUUUGACCCAAUUUUCAUCGAAUUCUGGUGUGGUUAAGUGUUUCAAACGGAACCUCAAUUGCGAGGAUGUGGGAGAAUACAGAUGUCUUUUAUCAGAAACAGAUAUUUCCAAUCCAGAGAUUCUGAAAGUGAAACCUUCCAUUAAGAGUUUCGUACUUGCCGAGAAUGACUUUCAAAUGAGCAGGAUGGCUACAUUCAAGUGCACAGCAAAUGUACCAUGGCCUAAUCCAUGGGAAGAAGUCGUCUUUCGAUGGACAUUAAUACGCAACGGAAGGAACGUUGUGACUGAAGAUAGAGCGAGAGUUUGGGGUUCUGACAAAUGUUAUACUGAAGUAACUUCAUCCUAUAAACACGUUGUACAUUUUGAUAGCUUCUCUUCCCAUUCAAUCAUUUCUUGUACAGUAUUUAACCAGACACGUACUAGGAACAUCGACCCCCCUAUGCCAAGGGAUCUGCUGAUGCCUCAUCUGGUAUACAGUACUAUAAAUGGGUUUUGGUCGCUAAUCUCAUUCUUGUACUUCUGGUGGUUACAAUUUCCCACUAGCAUCAACCCGUUUGGCAAGAAGUUGAUAAUGAAGAUUCCGCUUGACGUUAACUGAAUUUAGUAUCGACCAACGAUUUAACUGAUGUGACAUUAUCCAUGGUUCUUCUCCAGAACAAGAUUCUACAAGAUCUAUAUUAAUUCUUUAUUACUAAUCUCACUUCUUAAUUCUAAUUUAUGUAAGUCUGUAACUGUAGUAAAACUAACAAUAUUAACAAUCUCACAUUUAAUUUACUGUAAUAUAUACACAAAAUCUGAAUAUAUUUACUUAGUUUCAUAAGUUUAAAGCGAUCAUUUGUUAAGUUAACAAAAAGGUUAGAAGUAAAAUUGUUUAGUAACUACAUUAAAGCUAUUUUGAUUUAAAUGUUAAACGUUAUUCUUAUAUGAAAUAUAUAU